AUGGAUUCCAAAGAAAAACAAGGAUCGUAUUGUGCGUCUAAAACUAAAAAGAAAAGUGGUGCUGAAAAUGCGAAAAUAAAGAAACAAAAGUUGAUGGAGAAGGAGGCUUCUUCCUGUAAAAAAAUUUCGGAACUGUUUGGAAACCCAACAAGCGUACAAUCAGUGGUGGAGCUUGUAGAAGAUAAAAGUUCAAAACUGACCGAACCUGUUUCAAAUGUUCAAUUGGGCUUUUCCGGUUUUUUGUCACAAAAUGAGCGCACCGAAGAUGAAGGUUGUCAAAAAAAACAUGCAACAGAUAUUGACUAUUCCUGCCCCGUUGCCCCCGUUCCCAGUACCAGCAGUGGAAAUAAGGUUUCUGGAGAAAUAUAUGUAGAAGAUAGUAACGAUGGCUUUUCACAAAAUUUUUUUUAUAAAAAACCGAUGAACCUUCACGAUUUAAGGGUUUUUUUGAUGCAUCACCCACAUCAACCUGAAGCUGUGAAAGAGAAGUGGAACGCGAGAUUAGUUUAUAAUAGAAAAGAUCACAGCGAGAGGCGUUGGAUCAGUUACAAUACACAAGAUAGGGCCCUUUACUGUUGGAUAUGUUUAGCAUUUGGAAAAGAACAAUCAUCUUUUACACAGGGAGGCAAUUGGGAUGUCAAACAUAUUUAUUUCAGGCUUGAGAAACAUGAAAAAUCUGUUGAACAUAUUAGGAAUUCGGAGGCAUAUUUAAUGCAUGCAGUCAAUAAAGACAUCCAUACAACAUAUUUAUCAAAAGCAAGAGAAGAACGAAUGAAACAAGUUAAAAAAAAAUAG